AUGAAAUUUGUGUUACUUUUUAUUGCUGUGGUUAUCGGAGUUUCUGCGUACGACUUUGACAAGGUCUUACCUGGUCUGAUUGGUAAGUUGUUUUUGUUUUUUGGUUUGAUUUUAGUAAGCAAGAAUGAUGAUGUUCACGGUUUAUAAUACCCACAUUGAAUUUUAGAGAGGACUCUUGCCGAAGGUCCCAAGCAUGUGGAUAUCCUGAACGAAAGAGAGAGAAAGCUCUACUUGGCCAUUCUCCGCCCGAAAGUCAAGCCUGAUCGGCUGAAGAAGGCGUUCGCCAACCGGAAAAUCAAGGGGAUGUUCUUUGAAGCGAUGAGGGUCGUGUUGAAGGAGAAUGGAAUCAGCCCAUUGGCUGGGGACUUCUUGGGAACUGUAAGUGUUUAUAUUUUGUUUUUAAAGAUUAUAGGUGGUCUUCUCGCAAAGGUUAACAUGCAAUAGUUAACUUUUGAUUUUUUCAAAUGUGCCUCAAAAGAAUUUACGUCAAUAUUGGAAUACUUUCUUCAAACGAUUCUUAUAAGUCAUCUAAAUCAAUAUAAAAUCCCCAUUUCCAGGUCUACGAAGUGAGUAAAUCCGCCAAGGCCAAAGAAGAUCCCCAAUAUUUUGUUCCAUUCGUAGUCGGCUCCUUCAUGCUUCUGGAAGAUUCGGAGAAGGAGCUUGUAGCCAGAGGCGACCCAGAGUUAAUCCGCCAACUUCAGGAAUUCGCGGACAAGGAUGAGAAAGUUACCGAACUUUUAACCACUUUGGUCGCAUAA